AAAAUAAACAGCGAGAUAAAAUUGAGAGAUGGAGGAAGCGAGAUAGAACGAUUCAUCCGUUUGCGUUUCUCCCUCUUCUCCUUCCAAUCCAAUAUAUGUACUCAACACUUUCCCUCUAACUUCUUCCUCUUCCAUUCAACAUUCUCCUCUAAUCUCAAAAACAUUCACACUAAGAUAUGGAAACCUUCCUCUUCACCUCAGAAUCUGUAAACGAGGGUCACCCAGACAAGAUCUGUGACCAGGUCUCAGAUGCCAUCCUUGAUGCUUGCUUGGAGCAAGAUCCAGACAGCAAGGUUGCCUGUGAGACCUGUACAAAAACUAACAUGGUUAUGGUCUUUGGUGAAAUCACAACCAAGGCAAAAGUGAACUAUGAGAAGAUAGUUCGCGACACUUGCAGGGGUAUUGGAUUUGUGUCUGAUGAUGUUGGUCUUGAUGCUGACAAGUGCAACGUUCUUGUCAACAUUGAGCAACAGAGCCCUGAUAUUGCUCAAGGAGUUCAUGGUCACUUGUCCAAGAAACCUGAGGAGAUUGGAGCUGGUGAUCAAGGUCACAUGUUUGGCUAUGCCACUGAUGAAACACCUGAACUAAUGCCACUCACACACGUGCUUGCUACUAAAAUUGGUGCCAAGCUCACUGAAGUUAGAAAGAAUAAGACAUGCCCAUGGGUUAGGCCUGAUGGUAAAACCCAAGUGACUGUUGAAUACAAGAAUGAUAAUGGAGCUAUGGUCCCUAUUCGUGUCCACACAAUCCUCAUCUCAACUCAACACGACGAAGGUGUCACAAAUGAAAAGAUUGCUGCAGAUUUGAAAGAGCAUGUUAUUAAACCUGUAGUCCCUGCUGAAUACCUCGACGACAAGACCAUCUUCCAUCUCAACCCUUCAGGUAGGUUUGUGAUUGGUGGACCACACGGAGAUGCAGGACUCACCGGGAGGAAGAUCAUUAUCGAUACCUAUGGUGGUUGGGGUGCUCAUGGUGGAGGUGCCUUCUCAGGAAAGGAUCCAACCAAGGUUGACAGGAGUGGUGCUUACAUUGUUAGGCAAGCUGCAAAAAGUGUGGUAGCUUCAGGGCUUGCCCGUCGCUGUAUUGUUCAGGUUUCUUAUGCAAUUGGAGUGCCAGAGCCACUUUCCGUGUUCGUGGACACUUACAAAACUGGAAAGAUUCCUGAUAAGGAUAUCUUGGUUUUGAUUAAGGAGUCUUUUGACUUCAGGCCUGGUAUGAUUGCUAUCCAUCUUGACCUCACAAGAGGUGGCAACUUCAGGUACCAGAAAACCGCUGCUUACGGGCAUUUUGGACGCGAUGACCCUGAUUUUACAUGGGAGACUGUGAAGAUACUCAAGCCCAAGGCUUGAUUGAGUUAUGGUAUUUUCAGAAGUGAUUAUUUUAUCAUGGUAAUCAUCUUUCUGAUUUUUGGUUUAAAAUAAAAUAAAAGGAGCUUCAUUGUGUAUAUAUACAUUAUAGGUGUGGACUGGAGGCGUUUGCACAAUAGGAGCAUCCAGCAUUAGUUACCACUUUUGAUUUUGAUUUUGCCAUUUGGCUAUUGUUUUCUUGCAACCGACUUGUGUGGUUGGUGUAAACUUAGAAUAUUAUAUAUAAUUCAUUUUAUUCAUAUA